AUGUUGUUGCCUCCUCAAUGCACUAAGGCCGGCCGCAAGACCAAGGCUGGCAGGAAGGCUGCAGGAUCGGACAAAGCUGGAGGGGCUGACAAGGGACCCCAGGCAGAGUCCUGGAGGGUUGAUGUGGGCACUGGAGGCUGUAUGCCAGCUGCUGAACAAGGUUCACACCUGGCCUGGAAACUGGCAGGACCAGGCAGGAUGGGGAUUGGUGGUGCAUGUGUGAAGAUGCCUCCCAUGUCCCAGACCAGCUACUGUGUUCUUCCACCAAUAAGACCGUCAGCCUCUGUGCCAUUCAGCCCAGAGGAACCCAAGACCCUAAAGUGCAGGUCCACACCAGAUGAUGGGGAGAGAACCAACUUCUCUCUACCUCCACCUUCAUCUCCACCCACAUCACCUCCGUCUCCACCUCUGACUACACGCCGACCUCAGGCUCAGUCUCCACCGUCUUCUCCUCCCACCCUGGAUGACCCAGUGACCCGGGAGACCACGCCCCAGCCUCUGUUUGAAGCUAUUAUGUCCCAUUCUCAGUGGAGACUCAUCAAAACGGUCCUGUUGAGAAAGAACAAGAACAUAGCUGAGCUGGAGAAGCAUUUAGAGGAGAUGAUGGAGUGGGUUCUCCAUGUGGUCAAUGAGGGAGUGCUGCCCGCCAUGGCCCUUUACCAGGUCCAUCACAUCAGCCAAGACCCGAUGUCGGCCGCUUCCUCCCACAGCAACUGUGUCUCCAUGUCGGCCUCUUCUCAGGGCUCAGACCAACCGGACAUCCUCCAGGGUGUUCUAAGAAGCAGGAGGAGCAGCAGCAGUACCCAGGGAGGGCUGCUGGGAAACAUGGUCCAGGAAAGGGAGGAGAAGGAGGCUUGCACACCCUCGUGUCAGGAAAGCCUCCCUCUCUACACCCAGCAGAAGGAGUGCAGCUCUGCCAGCAAGGAGGAGCAGGAGGAAGAGAACCUGCAGAAGGAGGUGACCUCUCCUUUCUUCUCUAAGUCAGCCACCAGGAGCCCUAGUCCCAGGAGUGAGGCAAACAGUGUUGCUAGUUGCCACGACCUUAACCUCACUGCCCAAAAAAUGCUAGACACUGUUGUGCAGAUGGCACACUCGGCCUCCAGAUCAGUCACUGAUGACGAAGACUGCGAAAGUGACGAUGGCUCCUCCGUCUCGUCCUUCGACCAGGCCGAGUAUGACCUGGACCGCCUGCUGGUGUCCCAAAGCACGGGUACGAGGGUGUUGCAGGCGAGGAUCGACUGCUUCUCAGAGGAGCUGAUUAUUCACCUAUAUCAUCUGCUCCCGGAGACACAGAUGGGACGAUUUCCCUCGUCAUGCCGCUGUCACUACCAGCCCAACGUCCAGUGCCUGGAAGCAAAGCAGUGCUUGGAUUGGGAGCUCUUCAGUCCUCUGAUGUACAACUUCCUCCACUUGGCAUUCAAACAGCUGAUGGAGAACUUCCUUGGCCUGGUCAUCUUUCUUCCGGACGAACGUGUCCCGAUGAACGAUCACCUCAAAUGGUUGUGGAAGGAGGACAGGGCCGACUCCGACAGCAAUGCAUCCAUAGACGACAGUGACAGCAGCGACUCGUGUCUGGACUGGUCCAUCAAGUUUACGCCGGGCCCCAGCCAAGGGAUUGUUGCCAGGACCAGAGGGGGGCACUAG